AUGAGCUUGCUUUUCAUAAUGUUUUACCUUGUAAUCACAGCAAAUGCAUUUUCUGAUAUAUCUCAAGUAGGUAACAUAACAUCCAAGCUAGAUUGUUAUUUCACGAAGAAAUGGACUGUUCGUAUACACAACCAGCUUACAGAGCCAAUCAUUGUUCAUGUAAAGUCAAAAAACAAUGAUCUAGGAAAUAAUACAAUGGGACCUAAUGGAUCCAAAAGUUGGGACUUCUGCAUGAAUACCACUAAGAGCACUCUCUUUUAUGGUCAGUUUAUUUGGAAAUCCAAAUCAAAGACUGCGGCCUUUACUGUUUUUGAUAAUGGUUUAUCCAAAAGAUAUUGCCCCAAGGCCUAUUCAACACAGAGUGCAGGACUUUGUGAAUGGAAGGUCAAAGAGGAUGGAUUCUACUUGCUCGGUGAUAAAGAAAAUAAUAACCCACCAAGGAUACAUGUUUGGACUUGA